UUUAAUCUGUGAAAACGGGGUAAUAAUACUUCUCAGAAUUGUUGUGAAGAUCAAAUGAGUCAUUUUAGAAAGCUUAAUUUAAAUUCGUACAAUGCGUAGCACAGAGUAAGAGCUCAGUUAAGUGCUGUCAUGCUGGUGAACUCCACACCAGCCCUUCCAUUGCUUGAAAAAUAGGCCUUUGACUUUGUGUUUAAGAUGUUAUCGGUUUCCUCAGUGACAAUUUCAGUAGGUGCAGGAGGUGGAACUAGCUAAGACUGAUGGGCUUGAAGUGAGAGAGUAUACCAGUUCAAAAAAAUUUGUCAAGGUAGAGAAGUAUAGUAAUGGGGAAGGUAGUUUCGGAUCUUUGGAAGUUUUAGGAGGUGUGGGAAAGAUUUAAGCCUGUCCCUGUGUAAGGGGAGAAAAAACGGAAGCCUAGUUUCUGUUCUAGUGAAAGCUGAGUUACCUUGCUUAUCUACUGUAAUGGGGAAUGACAGUAACAUAGUCGUACCCUAUGCUUUUAGCAUACCCUUGACUGCACUCUAGGUGAUAAUGCCAAGAUAUGCAUAAGUGGAAAGUCUGCCUUAAUAGAUAGUGUUAAUAAGUUUGUAGACUGUAACCUGAGGUUAAUUUUGAGAAAUAUUACUUUUGGAAUCCAAUUCUUUUAGAAGCCACAGGAAGAAGGACUUGGCCAAUAAGGGUAGAAAUCUCCUUACAUAGCAUAUCAAUAAUUUGGUCUGUUGGUAAAAGUAUAAGGUUUAUGUUAAAGUCAAUCUUGAAAAUGUACAAUCAAAAGAGUCCUUCAGAUGAAAGGUAUAUAUUCAAGAAGAAAAGACUGUCCUAUAGGGUCUACUCUGUCCAAUAUGGUCACUGUGAUUUGAAAUCAACUCAACAGCAACAGGUAAGUAGGAUAUAGAAUGAAGAAGAGACAUAGAAAAGAGGAAUUUCACAGGGAGUUGUUGAGGGAGGAGCGUGUUGCAGAACAUUUCUUUAAGAGGAGUGAUUGAUUUGCUUUCAUAAAUAUAUUUUACAUUCUGAGGUUACAGGAGAGCCAAAAGAUAUUAAUGCUAGAAUGGUCUCUCCCACUAGCCUAUGUGCUCUCUGAAGAAGGGACAAUGCCCCGCACAUUGAAGAAUGAAAAGACGGAAAGAAGAAAGUAUGUUAAUAGGGCUGUAGGGAAUUUAGAGCAGUAGAGACUACAUUUUGAGUUCUAGGCAAUCCACUAAGAUUUUUCUCAGUUUUUCUCCAUCUCCCCUCAAGUCUUUGGUUAUGUUGUCAAUUUUCCACAUUUUUCUUUGGAUAAGAUGAAAAGGAGACUGUCUUGGCUAUCUAGUACUGCUAUAACAAAAAUACCACAAGUGGAUGGUUUUAACAAAGUGAAAUUUAUUUUCUCACAGUCUACUCGGUUACAAGUCCAAAUUCAGGGCGUCGGCUUCAGGGAAAUUCUUUCUUUUUCUGUCGGCUCUGGAGGAAGGUCUUUGUCCUCAAUCUUAUCUUGUUCGAAGGGCUUCUCAGGUGCAGGGACCCCGUGUCCAAAGGACAUGCUCUGCUUCUGGUGCUGCUUUGCGGUGGUAUGAGGUUCCCCACUCUCUGCUUGUUUCCCUUCCCCUUUAUCUCUUGAGAGAUAAAAGGUGGUGCAGGCCACACCCCAGGGAAACUCCCUUUACCUUGGAUCGGGGAAGUGACCUGAGUAAGGGUGGUGUUACAAUCCCACCCUAAUCCUCUCAACAUAAAAUUACAAUCACAAAAUGGAGGACAACCACACAAUACUGGGAAUGAUGGCCUAACCAAGUUGAUACACACAUUUAGGGGGGGAGACUUAAUUCAAUCCAUGGCAUUCUACCCUUUGGCCCCCCAAAAAUCACAUCCUUGCAACAUGUAAAACAUAUUUACCCCAUCUGUGAAAUCUAGAAUACAAAUUAUCUGCUUCCAAAGGUACAAUGGCAGAACAGGCACAAGCUAGACAUUUCCAUUACAAAUGGGAGAAACUGGAGGGAAAGAAGGGAUAACAGGCACCAAGCAAGUCUGCAGAACACAUUACAUUAGCCCUCAAGGCUCUGCAAAUAAUCCUCUUUCCUCUGAGACCAUUUACACAAUGGUCGUGCCUUCCAGACUUUAGGUAUUGGCCACACUCUCCAGAUUCUGAGUGGAGGCCCCUUGGCCCUGGGCUUCAGCUCCCCCUUCUAGACCCACUGGGAUGGCAGCUCUGCUCCCUUGGCUUUAGGCUCACAGGUUCUCCUAGUCCAUCUGAGUGGCAACUCCACUUAGAAACACCAGAGGCCAUGGCUUCACCCUUUGAAACCCCUGAGGUCACGGCCAUGCCCUUUGAGACUGAGGCAGCUCGGGCAGCUCAGCUUCUUGUGUUCCUUGUCUCUUCAGCUUCUGUUUCCUGGUUUCUUGGCCUCUCCUUCUCCUCUAGCCUCACACCUGCAUCUGCCCUGCUGGGGCAAGUGUUCCAAAGCUUAGUAGCUCCACCAGUAAGUGCCCAGAGGCACCCCACUCUGCCAGAAAGCCUCCUGCACACAGGUAUUCAGCUCUCUGGCUCCAUGGGUCAGCAAGCCUAGCUUCACUGAUAAGUGCCCAGAGGCACCCCACUCUGCCAGGAGGCCUCCUGCGCACGGGCCCUCAGCUCUCCCGCUCCAUGGGUUGGGUCCAGCUCCAUUUUGCGCUGGUCUCCUGAUUCUGCUGCUGCUGGUUCUCUGCUGUUGCUGCUUCUCUUCCGCUGCAGGUUCUCUGCUGUGCUGGUCCUCUGCUGCUGUUGCAGCUCUAUCCAUUCACAGUUUCAAAACUGCUUCCACAUUUUAGGUGUCUGUUAGAGCAACACCCCACUCUCGGUACCAAAUUCUGUCUUAGUUCUCUAGUGCUGCUAUAACAGAAAUACCACAAAUGGAUGGCUUUAACAAAGUGAAAUCUAUUUUCUCACAGUCUAAUAGGUUACAGGUCCAAAUUCAGGGCGUUGGCUCCAGGGGAAGGCUUUCUCUCUCUGUCGGCUCUGGAGGAAGGUCCUUGUCCUUAAUCUUACCCCUGUCGGGGAGCUUCUCAGGCUCGAGGACCCUGUGCCCCAAAGGAUGCGCUCUGCUCUUCGUGCUGCUUUCUUGGUGGUACGAGGUCCCCAACUCACUGCUUGUUUCCCUUUCCUUGAGAGAUAAAGGUGGUGCAGGCCACACCCCCGGGAAACCCCCUUUACCCUGGAUUAUGGAGGUGACCUGAGUAAGGGUGGUGUUACAAUCCCACUCUAAUCCUGUCAAUACAAAAUACAAUCACAAAAUGGAGGACAACCACACAAUACUGGCAAUCAUGGCCUAACCAAGUUGAUAUACACAUUUUUGGGAGGACAUAAUUCAAUCCAUGACAGAGGCUUAUUUUUCAGAUCUCAUUAUAAGUAGAUACAUGUUAUGAUUUAUAUAACUUUUUUUCUAAAAUAAUUAAUACAUGUUAUAAAGUCAUCAACUCAAUGGUGCUGGUUUGGGUUUAGAUGUUAUAAAAUAAUAAAAAGUCCAGUAACCUUAAUUUUUUAUUCUAAAAAUUUACAUAUAGAUUUCUGGCUUUUUUCCCCCGUAUAUUCUGAAGUAUUGCUAUAAGUAGUUAAAUAUCUUCUUCUGGCUUUAAUUUUAGGUGAGCAUAUUCAAGUUGCCAGCUUUGCUGGGAUGGGUGUCAACAUAAAGCGCUAUGCCUUUUAAGCAUUGUAUUCUAACAUGUGUUUAUUAUUUUUCCACUUAAAAGAACUUUGUUGAUAUAAAUGAAUGUACAUUCCUAUACUUGAAGAUUGUACAUACAUUUUAGGAAUUAAAAAAAACGCAAAUGUUCAUAUAUACAGAAAAAAACGCAGAACAGUGAAAAUGUACAUAUCACCUAGAUUUUCAAAAUUAUUAACAUUUUAGUAUAUUUGCUUUAUUUUUUUCUGAAGUAUUGUGAAGUAAAUUACCACUGUUAAAACAUUUCAGCCCUUAAUGCUGCGGUAGGAAUCUCUCAAAGAGCCCUGAUGGGUCAAAUGGUUAAGCACUCGGCUGGUAACCAAAAGAUUGGUGGUUCAAACCCCCGCCCCCCACCACCAGUGGCUCCGCAGGAAAAAGACCUGGUGAUCUGCUACCAUAAAGAUUACAGCCAAGAAAACCUUGUAGGGCAGCUCUGCUCUUUUAUGUGGGGUCACUAUGAGUCAAAAAUAACUCAGUGGUACCAGACAAACAUGAAUCUCUUAAAAAUUUUUCUACGUAACGACAAUACCAUUAUCUGACCAAACAAAAUCGAUAAUAAUUUCAAAAUAUUACGUAAUAUCUAGUCCAUGUUCAGUCUCUAGUUACUCUCAAACUGUUUUCUAGUCCAUGUUCAGUCUCUAGUUACCCUCAAACUGUUUUGUUUUUUUUUUUUCCUUCCCAAACUGGAUUUUUAAAGGUAGUUUGUUUGAAACGGGAUGCAUUUGGUUGUUGACUGUCUUAAAAUUUCUUUUAAUAUAGAACAGUUCUUCCUCCCUUGCCACCUUGUUUCCCAUUUUACUUUGAUUUGUUAAGAAACUAAGACAGUAGACUUAGUUCUCAGAAGGGACCAGUCCCUGAAGAAGGACAUCAAAAGGGUCAGCCAAAAAGGAAGACAACCCUCAAAGAGAUGGAUUGACAGUGGCUGCAACAGUGGGCUCAAGCAUAGCAGUGAUUGUCAGGAUGGUGCAGCGCCAUGCAGUGUUUCUUUCUGUUGUGCUUAGGGUCACAAAGAGUCGGAACCAACUCAACAGCACCUGACAACAACAACAAGAAGAAAAUAGUUAUAUAGAAUAGAGUGUUAUACCUGCAUUUGUCUGAUUCUUCUUUGUGGCAUCCUUUGCCUUGUUCCUGUAGUCUUUGAAUUUCGUAUAAAUUGGAAGAUAGAUUUAAAGACUUGUUUAAUUUCAGGCUAAACCCCAGAUACUUCAUAGAUGAUGCUGGAUCUUUCGUUUCCUGUCACAACGUUGAGUUGUUCCACGAUUAACGAUGCUAAGAUUGGUUUUCAACUACUGAUGUUACAAACAAUAAAAUAUUGGAGCAUAGAGUUGAGGAAAAGACUUAAACCAGGUUUCUCUUCAGUUAGUUAAAAAUAUGGACCCUGAAACAGGGGGACCAGAGAUUGUCAAAGUGACACCUCUUCAACAAAUGCUUGCCUCUUGUACUGGAGCUAUACUGACAUCACUAAUGGUGACACCUCUGGAUGUUAUUAAAAUUCGGCUCCAAGCCCAAGGCAACCCACUUUCCAAAGGAAAAUGUUUUCUAUAUAGUAAUGGACUCAUGGAUCAUCUAUGUGUCUGUGAAGAAGGCAACAAAGUUUGGUAUAAGAAGCCAGGACGUUUCCAGGGAACAUCGGAUGCUUUUUUGAAAAUCAUUCGAAAUGAGGGCAUUAAAUCCCUGUGGAGUGGCCUUCCCCCUACCCUAGUGAUGGCAGUUCCUGCCACAGUUAUUUAUUUUACCUCCUAUGAUCAAUUAACUGCUAUUCUGAGAUCUAAAUUAGGAGAAAAUGAAACCUACAUACCAAUUGUUGCUGGAAUUGUGGCCAGACUUGGUGCAGUAACUGUGAUAAGUCCAUUAGAAUUGAUUAGAACCAAGAUGCAGUCUAAGAAGUUUUCUUACAAGGAACUGCAUCAAUUUGUCAGCAAGAAAGUGUCUGAAGGUGGUUGGAUUUCCCUUUGGAGAGGCUGGGCUCCUACUGUUCUUAGAGAUGUGCCUUUCUCAGCAAUGUACUGGUAUAACUAUGAAGUUUUAAAGAAGUGGUUGUGUGAGAAAUCUGAUUUAUAUGAACCGACAUUUAUGAUCAACUUCACUUCAGGGGCAUUGUCUGGUUCUUUUGCAGCUGUUGCAACUUUACCAUUUGAUGUGGUAAAAACACAAAAACAGACACAACUUUGGAUGUAUGAAAGUCAUAAAAUGCCUGUGCCUUCAAAUAUGUCAACCUGGGCUAUAAUGAAGAACAUUGUUGCUGAAAAUGGACUUUCUGGGUUAUUUACAGGCCUAAUUCCUCGUUUAAUUAAAAUUGCUCCUGCUUGUGCUAUUAUGAUCAGUACAUAUGAAUUUGGGAAGGCUUUUUUCCAGAAACAAAAUGUUUGAAGCCAUCAAUGAUUGCUAGUAAUGUUGUUUCAACUGGAAAUAAUAACCAUAGCCAAAUAAUAAAAUGGAGACCCUUAGGCAAGAUCUUUUCCCACUAUUAUUAUCUUACAAUGAUUUGAUGUUUUUCUUUCAUGUAAUUUAAAUAAGUAGUUAUUUAUUACUCCACUUCUAAAUCAUAGUCCUAAUUUUAAAAUUAACUUUGUCAUCCUGGUUUUUGAGAUACUGAAAAAGAUAUUCCAGAAAUCACAACCAUCAAGAAUUCUUAUAGUAAAACAAAAAUUAUCUUAGUACUCAAAGCAGUAAUCUCUGAGAGUUUGAUACAUAUAAGUUUCAGUGUAACUAAACCUUAAUUGGGAGUGAAUCAACCUACAUUACAACUUUUUGAAUUGUGUGCUGAGUGAUGUACAGAGUCUAGAAGAAAAACGUUCCAAGUCUUUUUUGCAAAUUUAAAUCAUGUACAUUUGAAUAUUUAAGCAUUUCAGUAAAGCAGAUAAGAGAAGGUAGCCAUUAAGUACUAUUAUUCACAUUUACCAAAUAUUUCCUAUUAGUUAUUUCUUUAGUACAAAUGCAAGGAGCCCUGGUGGUACAGCGGUUAAGCACUUGGCUACUAACUGAAAGGUUGAAGGUUUGAACCCCACCAGAGGCUCUGCUGGAAAGACGACUUGGUGAUCUGCUCCUGUAAAGAUUAUAGCCUAGGAAACCCUAUGGGGCAGUUUUACUCUGUUUUAAAGGGUCACUAUGAGUCGGAAUUGACUCAAUGGCAUACAACAAUUUGAAUCCAUUGGGUUUUUUUACCCCUUACGUUUUAAGGCCUCACAUGUAUUCGGAUUUCUCUCAUCAAAGGUGUGGCUAUUUUAUCUUUAUGAAUAAAAAUGUAAUCAGUUAUGUGAUGUGCAUGCUGCCAUUUUUGUUGAUUAAAAAUCUUGAAGUAACUACCGUUCCUAUGAGAGAGGGAGUUUUUUACUGAUUGGAGAAAAUGUUAACUUCAUUCAUACGUGGGUGUGCAGUGGGAAACCACAUUGCAUUUAGACUAGUAAAAAUAAAGUUUGGGUAAGGAUGGUUCUCUGGUUUUUAACCAUUUUGUAAUUCUAGUAUCAUUGUUCAUAGAGUUCUCUAGAUCAUUUCUUGUGGCUUGUUCUAACAUUAUAGAGAUUACUACUACAUUGGUCACAAAAUAUUUCAAAAUGUCCUGUGAUUUCAUGCCAUCUCACAUUUGUAUGCUAGACCAAGAGACUAAACAGGAAGCAGUUUCCUUCACAACAUUGGCUUCUGUCACUGUAGGCUAAUAGCAAUUUAGCUUUUGAAUAUAUGUAGGAAUGAAAUAAAAAAGAAUAUGAUGACAGGAUAAGAAAUGACAUUCUUUUUUUAUUGUUUGAUUUUCUCAUGAUGGUCUAUAUCCUAUGAGAAAAAACACUUUAUUGCAAUCUAUGUGUAUUUUAUGACAAAAGGAAACAUUUUCUUUUUUAAAAUGGAGUAAUAUAUUUAGGUGACAAAUCUUCUCUGGUUUCACUAGGGCAAUUAAUACAUUUUGUGUUAAAAUAGGAAAGUAUAUGUUUCACCAGAAACAAACUAUAUAGGAUUUGUAUGUAGUCUUGUGUUAUUUUAUCCUAUGUUGAUUUACCUUAAAUUUGCAAAAUACAGCAUUCAUAUAAAUACAUGAUUUUAACUUAUGUUUCCGUUAAAAUAUUUUAUGCCUUCUUAAAAUUAUCAUUGUGCUUUUAGUCAAAUAUUUUCAAAUAAAAGUAACUAUUAGUGCUAUACUAUA